ACAGCAGCAGAGUAGUAGUAACCAGUCUCAGUCUCAGGCACACCCUGGCGCACAACGACAAACUGAGUUCCCCCUCCCUGCUUGCCCCCAUUGGUGUACCGAUCACAAUCGUCUUGUGUAGCGUUGCUCGUAGCCUGCUGUGGUUUUCCUUUAGGUUUGUCGAUACGAGGCUGGCCCUGCGUAACUUCUAGUCUUGUCUUGUCUUGUCUCGUCUCGUCUUCUCCGCUUUCGCAUUCGCAUUCGCAGCCCGACUCCAGCCACCGCCCAGGCCCCGAGGGUCGUGUAGUUUAGGCUAGGCUACGCUACGCCAGGCUAGGGUGCGUGCCCUGCCUGGUAGCUGUGACGACGACACCCCCAUUACGGGUGACUCCGAACACACCACCGAAGCAUCUUGUCUACUCCACUCCCGUCCUCUUCCUCUCCUCUAGGGUUCUCUUAAACCCUCGCCUUCCCUUCCCCCGGUCACUGCCCAACUGUCUCUGUGCGUCUCUCCCCCGCUCUCGUUCUCGCCGUCUCAUCUUCCUGCUCUUCACCCCCCCCCCCUCAUCGCAGCCCCAGCACCAUGGCUGCGGCGCUGAGCUCGUCCUGCUCGCCCGCGUCCCGCUUGUGUGGCUGUGUGUCGGUGGGGUCCAGCCCUGGGUCUUCGAAGGUUUCGCAUGUCCAAUUACCGCAUUCCCUUCGGUCUGCGGAGGUGCAGGCCCUCGGAGCUGUGAAUUUGGCGCCCGCUUCUGUUUAUCGUCGCCGGCCUCUCGUGGUGUGCGCCAGUGCGGCGGCACCAGUGUCCGUUCCCGAAGGAGCUACGCGAUUUGUCGACCCUCCGUUGUCGGAAAUCGACCCCGAUGUGCACGCGAUUAUUGAGUGCGAGAAGCGAAGGCAGUUUCGGGGCCUGGAGCUCAUCGCAUCGGAGAACUUCACGUCGCGUGCGGUCAUGGAGGCUGUUGGGUCUUGUCUGACGAACAAGUACUCGGAGGGCUUGCCUGGCAAGAGGUAUUAUGGUGGGAACGAGUACAUUGAUCAGAGCGAAAGGUUAUGCCAGCAACGAGCAUUGACCGCAUUCCAUGUGGAUGAAAAGGAAUGGGGAGUGAACGUCCAGCCACUGUCUGGGUCCCCGGCCAACUUUGCAGUAUAUACUGCUCUUCUUCAGCCGCACGAUCGUAUCAUGGGGUUGGACUUAGCACAUGGAGGGCAUCUGACGCACGGGUUUAUGACCCCGAAGAGACGGGUGUCUGCCACUUCAGUGUACUUCGAGUCAAUGCCGUACCGCCUGAACGAAACCACGGGACUGGUGGAUUACGAUAUCUUGCAACAGACGGCCUUGUUGUUCCGGCCGAAGCUGAUCAUAGCGGGAGCAAGUGCUUACGCUCGUGAUUUCGACUACCCACGUAUGCGGAAGAUUGCGGACAGCGUGGGAGCUUUUCUGAUGAUGGACAUGGCCCACAUUAGUGGGCUUGUUGCAGCCGGUGUUCUAAGCAACCCGUUUGAGUACUGCGACGUCGUGACCACCACUACCCACAAAUCUUUGAGGGGUCCAAGAGGAGGGAUGAUCUUCUACCGGAAAGGAGAGGUGAAUGGAAUCGAUCUGGAAAACGCCAUCAACAAUGCUGUUUUCCCGGGUCUUCAGGGUGGUCCGCACAAUCAUACCAUCGGAGGACUCGCCGUAUGCCUGAAGCAAGCUGCUACCCCAGAGUUUAAGACUUAUCAACAGCAGGUUGUGAAGAACUGUCGUGCUUUGGCAGAUAGAUUGAUGGAGCUGGGGUACAAGCUUGUGUCAGGAGGGACUGACAAUCACCUGGUGCUGGUUGACCUCCGACCCAUGGGUGCUGAUGGUGCGCGGGCAGAGAAGGUGCUGGAUUUGGCAUCCAUCACGCUGAACAAGAAUUCUGUUCCUGGAGACAAGAGUGCGAUCAACCCCGGUGGAGUUCGAAUUGGCUCACCGGCUCUUACCACGCGAGGUCUUGGGGAAGCGGAGUUUGUGAAGGUGGCAAACUUCAUCCACGAGGGUAUCCAAAUCACAGUGAAGGCAAAGGAGACGUGUCCAGGGACGAAGAUCAAGGAUUUUCUGGAGUACGUGGAGUCGGAGAGCUGCGAACAACGUGGUGCGAUUCUGGAUCUACGAAAACGGGUUGAAGCAUUUGCGACCCAGUACCCCAUCCCAGGGGUUGGCACAGAGAGUCUGUCGCAACAUUGAGGCGUAGGUUAUUGUGCAGUUUUUGGUGAGAGAGUUAGCAGAGCAGAAAAGCUCCGUGAAGGAAAUGGCAUCCCUUGGCACUUGAUAGAGCAGGACGUGAUAGUCGCCGGGACGGGUGACCCUCGCUGAUUCAGCUGUCGGCUUGAGAAUGGUUGCGCUCGUGGGGGAGCUUGGUAGUGGUGGUAGUUCGGACACAAGGGGAGUUGCGAACAAUGAGAAAUUCGUACAUGUUGGGUGCAGCAUUCGUUUGGAGAACAGCAGCAUGUUCAAUGGUAGCGCUGUAGAGUAGUGACGAGCAUAUGGUUAGGAUGCGGGUUCUGGGGGAGUUCAUGACCUCGGCAGUGAACUGUAAGCCGCGGGGAUGGGUUAAGAAGUGGUCGGGUUUGAUUCAACGUUUGGUGGGGAUAGCAAGUGUCCGUGCAAUAGAUGUGUACGCAGAAGGGGCUCCAUUGCAUCUUCCAUGUAAAUUGCAUGCGGAUAAAAUAGUUGUUGCGUGCGGAAGGGGGUCACAGUUUGCUCCCAGCUCCUGGCAACCAGGUUGUGCACCCCACGUACAUUUUAUGUCAGUUCUUUGCCAGUCACGGCUCGGUUCGUACGGAUGGAACUUCGUUUGUAGUGAAAGGAAGAAAGGAUGUUACUUAGUAGGAGGUGUUGUUAAACCAUGUUGCAGUCGAGGGACGUGUAGUUCUGACUAUGAUAUACUCUUCUUUUUCGUAAAUGUUUAUUCGAUGCAUUUCUCGAUCUUGUGGAUGCAUUGGUCUUCGUCGAAUCAUGACAGUUUGUCGACUUUGAAAUGUUUAAUUUUUUUUGUAAUAAAGGUGGAUUUAUUUUGUUACUGUC